AUGCUCUUGUUCGAACACCGGCUGGCGGAGAGAGGAUGCCUGCUGCUCUGCCUGCUGCCGGCUGUUCUCAGAGCCCAGUCUAACGGCGAGGCGAAGCCCAGGUCCACGCCGUGCCAGCAGAGCUCCACGAAGGUGUCUUGCAAAGGAGUUGGCCUGCGCAAGCUUCCAAAGGAGCUUGGCCAAGGAAUUAAGUACCUUGAGCUCUCCAACAACUUCAUCCAAAACCUGUCGGCUAGCUACAUGCCAGAGUUUGGGCAGCUUGAGUACCUGGACAUGUGCUUCAACCAGCUGGAAGCCAUGUCAGACACAACCCUGGCUCAGCUGCCCCAGCUGCGCUCUCUCCUCGUGGGAUCGAACCACCUGGACCGCAAUUACCUCGCUAACGGGCAAGCUUUGCAUCUGCUCGGGAAUCUAGAGGUCCUGGACCUGUCGGCAAAUAACCUGGAGAGCCACAUGGCCGGCUGGUACAUCAGCAACCUCACCAGGCUGAGGACGCUGGACCUCUCCGGGAAUAAGAUGACCAGGCUGGUGGCGGGGAUCUUCUGGAGCACGCCACGGCUGCGCGAGCUCGACCUCAGCAACAACUACAUCAUGGAAAUCGAGGAGGGAGCUUUUGAGGCUCUGGAAGAGCUGGAGGUGGUGAACUUGGCUUUGAAUUCCCUCCACUGUAUCUCUGGCUUCAGCCUCACGCAGCUGCAGGUUUUAAAUCUCAGCCACAACGCCCUGGAGCUCUUUGGCUGGGAGGAGGGAGCAGAGCCCUACCUGCUCCAAGUGCUCGACUUGAGCCAUAACAGACUCCUCUCUUUUCCAGAGCUCCCCAGAGCCCAUUAUCUCACACACUUGAACCUCUCCAACAACCUUAUUGCUUCCCUGCUCCCAGGCUCACCCCAUCCGGAGGAGCUCGUGCUGCGCUACGAGGACAUGGUGAGGUUUAACAGGACCUCGCGUACCGCGGCUGGUCUCGCCCGUGUAGCUGACUUGGACCUCAGCAAUAACCGGCUGCAGCUGUUCCCGUUUUCCUUCUUCCACAGCCUGGGCUCUCUGCGCAGCCUCAGCCUGGCUAGGAAUUGUCUCCAGGAUCACCUGAGCCUUUGCAAGAACAACAUCACCAAGCUGCAGCCCUACGCCUUCAGCCAGACCUCGCUGCUCUCCCUAGACCUGUCGGGGAACGAGGACUUGUUCGUGCCCAAGGAAGCGCUGGUGGGGCUGGAGUUCUCCCUGCAGAAGCUCUCUCUGAGGGGCAACCAGAUGGGUGACGGCAAGGCAGAGCUCCCCUGCCUGAACGCCCUCAAAGUCUUGGACCUCUCGGGCAAUAAUUUGAGCCUUUUGCCCACGGGGCUUUCCUGCUCCCCGCUGGAAAGCCUGGACGUGCGCGAUAACAACCUGCCGACGUUGGAAAAGCCGGCGCUCGCCAGCUGGACCCGCAGCCUGAAGGACGUGUCCGUCGCUGGAAACCCCUUCGGCUGCUGCUCGCUGGGCUGGCUGGACGCGCUGCGGGCGGCCGGCGUGGGCAUGCCGGACCUGGAUGAAGCCAUCUGCGCCUACCGGGAUGGCAGCAGGAACUUCUCAGCCAAGAUAACCAGUAGUCCUCGGUGGCUUUGUCCACGUCCUGAGGGCACCGGCUCGCUGGCUCUGCUCGUGGUCCUGAUGAGCCUCUUCUUCCUCAGCUCCGGGGCGUGCUGCCUUCUGAAGAAAGGGCAGAAGUCGCCAGGGUGCGCGGGACUCCACAGCAACAGGGUGGGGGUCUUCCCCCCCGAGCCCAAAAGAGAGGAGCCCACCGAGGCGAGGCCAGCAGACACCCAAGUGUAG